GGACAAUCUCGAUGCACAGACAAUCUUUCUAACACUCAGGGUAGUGUGUAAACGGCUGAACAUGAUUGUAAACACCUACAAUCGGCUCGACUUCACUUCAAUUUCAAAGACCGACUUCCACCUUGUUCCUUGUUGUAAACUUGUUGUUGUUGUUGUUGUUGUUUUAACCGUUUUUUGUCACAGCUUAUUGAUCAUCUAUUUUUUUAAAUAUUAAUCAACAUCUGAUCAGCUUUUAUUCUAAAUUUAUUUCACGAUAUCUUAAUCAAAUCAACAAAAUUCUACUAUUUUUGUGCUUCGCAACAAAUACAUCAAUAACUUUUUCAAAAUCUAUUUCGAUGUCUUUUUCAAUAGGCAACACACCAAGAACGCUAAGUCUUUCAUCAUUCAUCGAAUUUCGCGCAUAAGUUUUUAUCAAUUUCAUUUUAGAGAAGGAUCUUUCGCAAGCGACGGAUGACACAGGAAAUGUAAUCGCUCCUUUGAGUAAAGCAACAGCGGAAGGAAAUGCUUGUUUCAUUGGCUCUAAUUCAUUGAGUAGAUCCAAUGCAGGGGACUGAUACGUCUUCCUCUCGAUGAUCAUAAGCUUCCGGAAAAUCCAACCUUCAUACUGAAGCAAUAGAGUGGCUAUAGGUUCCAUAUGGACAAGAAAACGAAAAAGAUGCGGUCUGAACCUGAAAAAUAUUUGGUUUCUCUCUCCAUUAGGAACAUUGUGACUCCACGGUUGAGAAUGAAGACGAGGAAAAGAAGGAGUUCCUGAGACUCGUUGUUCGAGAAGAAAACAUGAAGUAGGUGUCUUCUAAAACGAAUGAGAACUCGUAACGUUAUAACUAUAAGCCAAAAGUUUUAAUCUUCUUAAUUCUUCUUUUCAUUCUCAUUAUAUUUUUAUAUACAUACAUAUAGUGACUACUGGGUGUGACGGACCAAAAAUCCGGACAAAAUUGGUUGGAAUCUUCAUAUUAGUUUUAUCCUCCAUUAGCGUUAUUUGUCAAGAUAUCUUGGCCAAAUCCUUCUUUUCCUCGUCUUCAUUCUCAACCGUGGAGUCACAAUGUUCCUAAUGGAGAGAGAAGUCAAAUACUUUUCAGGUUCAGACCGCAUCUUUUUCGUUUUCUUGUCCAUAUGGAACCUAUAGCCACUCUAUUGCUUCAGUAUGAAGGUUGGAUGUUCGGAAGCUUAUGAUCAUCGAGAGGAAGACAUAUCAAUCUUCUUUACGUUAGAAACUACAAUAAAUCCUCUGAACUAGGUGUCUUCUAAAACGAAUGAGAACUCUUAACGUUAUAACUCAAAAGUUUUGAUCUUCUUAAUUCUUCUUUAUUUUUAUAUAAUGCAAGUUACGUUAAAACGUAAUCGUUUCUACAUAUUUUAUUUAUAAGUCUUUCAUUCCGUAGAAAAUGCACAUCCUCUUUUUCUUUUCCAUCCUUUCUGUUCCUUAUAUCUUGCCAAAUAACGCUAAUGCAGGAUAAAACUAAUCUGAAGAUUCCAACCAAUUUUGCCCGGAUUUUUGGUUCGUCACACCCACUAGUCACUAUAUGUAUGACUAUAUGUAUGUACGUCCGUCACAUCUCUGUACGGACAAAUAAACACACACAAAAACCCGCAAAACUACGAAGUUUUAAGAAUUUCUAGAAACUGUGAUAAGAUCAAGCAUGGAGAAUAAUGUAACGGCGAUGAGCCGUUACAAUCACCCCGUCGUCCUGAGAGAAUCCGUCUCGGAUUCAAAAAUCAGGAUAUAGCAAGACGUUCGGCUCUAUGACCGUGCUUGUCUUUCAUAGUAACUAAUAGUGUUUAUCAAUACUCUUACUACUCUUGAACAUAUCUUACUACGCGAUGUGACUGUCAGGAUGUCGGAUAAAGAUAAUCUAUAGGAAGUAUUUAUCUUUGUUCUUGAUUUCAUUCGAUCAUCUAAAAGAUGCUCGACUGGAUGUUCUUAAUGUUUGCUUAAUAACCAGUUGGGAUAUCAUAUGGGCGGCUCUUGGUUUUUCCGCCACACAGUUUCUUUUUUAUAUUAUUUUUUUCUUUCUCUCUCUCCACAUUUCUCCUUUUAGAAUAGAACCAGACAGAAAAUACGAUGCUCGAUCUGCAUGCUCUUUUCUCCAUAUGUUUAAUAAUUCUUUUUAUUGCUUAUUUAUAAAGUUUGUUUACGAAAAACAAACAGAAGUAGUUCAUCAGAUCGAAAAGUGGAAAGAGGAAGUCAGUAGAAAUCACAAAGUAUACUUUUUCUCUUUCAAAUUUACGAUAAAAAUUAUGAUAAUAAUUGGAGCAACGAUUAAUGGCAAACGAUUUUUCAAAUUAGGAAAGGAAAUAUAGGCUCCAUUUCUUCUAAGAAUUUUUCUUCAUGUACAUCACAUUAAUUGUUCCCUAAUCCUUCACAGUACCGGUUGACUUGUCGCAUAAGACACUGACGUGCAAUGAGAAAUUAUUGCUGUUUAUGACCUAUUGACUUGCGCUUUAAAAAGUGACCUAUUGACUUGCGCUUUAAAAAACAACACGUGACUUUCGCUUCUAUUUGUGAUGUAAAAGAACAGAAAUCCACAAUUCCAUAUUAAUGGAGUUAUUAUUUUAUCGUUUUCUAUAUAUUAAAUCGGCCUCAUUCGUCUUUUUCGAUACACAAUUGUUCGCGGUAACGUCGUUUCCUGUAUUCACGGUAAUGUCGUUCGUGGUAAUGUCGCUGUAUCAUAUUUAGGUAUGGUUUAUCUCUUCAUGUGGUAGUUCCGAGAAAUAGCGGAACAAAAAAGCCAAAUGUUUAUUUAUCUUCAAAGGCUGUUAACCCUGUUAACCAUCUCAUUUUUUCUGUUUUUCUGUUUGUUCAGACGGGUGAAGCGGGAUUAUCGAACGUUUAUCAUUAGAUAAACACGUAUGUUAGUUCGUUGAACAUUUAACAGGAGACACUCGUCAUACUCAGUACAAUCCAUAAAAACGUGUUUUAUAGUCUCCCGUUCCGUUACGCAAACGCAUUUAGGAGAAAGGCCAAGGGAGUGCGUAAAAAGCUGAGCAUUUAAUGGACUCCCUAGCCAUCGGUUCUUAUAUAAGAAUCUUACAAGCAUCUUAUACGAAUCUUGUAAGAAUCUUACUCAAUUCUUAUAUAAGAUCUUCCACGAAAGUGACAAGAAUUCUGCUGAAUUUUAUCAGCAUUUUUUUUUUUUUUGCAUUUUUUUUUUUCAUCGAGUAAUAAUUAUCAACUGCUGGGAAAAAUGAUACAGUUCUACUAUAAAAAUGAUACAUAUAUAAUCUAUUAUUCACUUUAUUAUUAUUAUUCACUAUUAUUCACUUGCUCAUCUUCCAUUUGCUCACCAGGGUAAGUCGUUUCGCUCAAAUUUUUUUCCAUUUAGGUUUAUUUUGGGAUUUAAUGGCAAAAUUAACUAUACCAUUAAGUUUAUCAUUUAUUGUGUUAUUUUUUUUAUUUGAUUAUUAUGUUGAAUGUAAUUCCGAUGUUUGUUCUGCAUUGGAUUCUUACCAUUCAUCGGUAUUUACAUGUUGUGGUGAUUUAGAUGCGGAUAGUUGUGGAACAAUAAUCCAUGAUUGUGCUGCUAUUAGUGAUUUAGCGUCAUUUUUUAUUGUAAAUUUAACAUCUGAUGAAAGAAACGUUGAAAUUGAAAUGAUACUGUACGACGAUGCUGUAUAUAUAGGGAACAUAGCUGCCUUAUGA